AUGCUCGUUGGAACAGGGUUUGUUGUGUACAACAAUCUACUUCAUAAUGAAAGAUUCACUUUGGGUCUAGGAAAGCUCCUCUUCUGGAUGAUUUAUCCACGUAUAAGUUUCAGGUGGUUUGUUUUCAACUUUGACGAAAGACUGCUAACUCAGAUGCUGGAGUGCCAUAAAGGACACAUGAUACUGCGGUUCGAUACAGUUGGCUUUGAAGAUCGGUAUGUUCUUGGGGAGCAGUUGGGGUGGGGACAAUUCGGUACCAUAAGGGCAUGCUCAGAUAAGUUGACCGGUGAGGUUUUAGCUUGCAAAUCUAUCGCUAAAGAUAGAUUGGCCACCCGCAAUGAUGUGCGUAGUGUAAACCUUGAGAUUGAAAUAAUGAGUAGGUUAUCGGGGCAUCCAAAUGUUGUGAAUCUCAAGGCAGUGUAUGAGGAGGAGGAUUAUGUGCAUCUUUUGAUGGAAUUGUGUGCAGGUGGGGAGCUUUUUCACCGACUUGAAAAGCAUGGUAGGUUCUCAGAACACAAUGCUCGGGUUAUCUUUAGACAUUUGAUGCAAGUGGUUCAGUACUGUCAUGACAAUGGCAUUGUUCACAGAGAUUUGAAGCCUGAAAACAUUCUCUUAGCCACUAAAUCUUUAUCUUCACCAAUCAAAUUGGCAGACUUUGGUCUUGCAACUUACAUCAAACCUGGGCAUAGUUUGCAUGGGACAGUUGGAAGUCCAUUUUACAUUGCUCCCGAGGUACUGUCUGGAGGUUAUAACCAGGCUGCUGAUGUGUGGAGUGCUGGUGUUAUUCUUUACAUUCUUCUAAGUGGGAUGCCUCCAUUUUGGGGGAAGACCAAGUCAAGGAUCUUCGAUGCAGUCAAGGCUGCAGAACUAUGGUUCCCUCCCGAAUUCUGGGAUCAAAUAUCUGCAUCUGCAAAGGACUUGAUCACUGGUAUGCUGUGUAAAGAUCCUUCAAAGAGGCUUAAUGCUGCACAAGUGUUAGCUCACUCCUGGGUGCAGGAUUUUGCACAACUAGCUCCAGAAUCCUACCUGCAGAACAACCUUAAUUGUGGACAGCUAGAAAUUGGUGGAGGUUCUUUCUCUACCCCAUUCAUUGCCAGGGAUCAAGCCUACAGCUUCACCUAUGAAUCGCCUACUGGGGAGGAUCAACAGGGGCAAUCUCCUACACUCACAUCGUCAUUUUCUUCCUUCCUAGUUAGCGACAACACCCCUUGCUCUGCAACUGGAGGUUUUUCUUUUAGCAACCAUGACGAAUCAGGUGCAAUAGAGUUCUCAUCCCCAGUCUCAUCAAUGCUAAGCUUCACUUUCUUCAGUCCUAGCACUGCAGUUGAGAAAGGAGAUUUCUUGUUUGGUUCUAAAGCUUGUGAGUCGAAAUUGAACACAAUUCAUGCAGAACCGGUCUUAGGGAAGCUCCCUGCAUUAUCAGAUACUUUCAUUCCAGUUCACCGUGGAAUAGGUGAAAUGAUGCAGAAGAUAGAAUUUCGACGGGAAGGUUUCAAUGGGUCUAAAUUAUCUAGCAUCCACAGCAGCAGAAGGCAUCACACUAUAGGGCUUGGCGAGCUUGAUCAAUUUAAUAUCAUGGUCACUGAAUCGGUUAUUCGCUGGGCAUCAUGCACGCACAUCCCUACCGCCCCAUCGCUUAGAUUAUCACUUGUAUGCUAG